GAAAAAAAAAUAUAUAUAUAUAUUUACAUGUUAAUCUUUAUGUUUAAAACAUAUUGGCUAUAAUUACAUUUGAUGAUUGCAUAGUCAUUACAAAAAUGAAUAUUGAUAAGAGUAAAAAAGAUUAUGCUAUUUGUAGUAGCAAAUUGGAUCAGAGAUGCCUUAUCUCUUGGAGCUCUCCAGAAGACAAUUUCUCAUUUAAACAUAGAUAUGUACCAUGUAGUAGAUCAGUUUCACAUAGAAACAAACGUUUCGUUAAAUAUAGAUUAAGUCGAUCUCUGAAUUUUGAUUCAAGUAUCAAUAAUUCUAGUUCAGAAAACAGCUCUCUUGAAGAAGAUAAACAUUUAUCUAGAUCUGCUAAGAUAAUGAGGGCUUUAAAUUUUAAUAGCCCCUCUUAUUAUGGGAAAACAAAAAUAAAAAAGUCAUUAAAUUUCAAUUUAACUCCUAGUCCAAAAAGGUUUAGGCAUGUGAAAAGAGGUAUACAAAAAUCUUUGAGCCUAAACUUCAGUUCUCCCUUAUCAGUUUCCAAUAAAUUUAUAAACCUUGAUGAUAAUCAUAGUGAGUCUACGAAUAGUAGUUUAUUAUUUUCAUCUUCUGAUUCUAUCGAUGAAAAUCAAAAUGAGACACCAUUGCAGCAAAAUACAAAGGAACAUGAAAUGCUACAUUAUUCUACACCUAAUACAAAGCAUAUCAGAAAAUCAUUAGGUUCAGCAAGUUUUACACUACAUAGUCGAAUGAAAGAAACCAUUGACAAUAUUGAUAAUAUUGUAUAUAUUACUGCAACGCCCAGUUCACAGUCAUUAAAAUGUAUCAAAGGUAGAUCAAAAUAUACCAAUAAUAUCAUGAAUACUUCAAGAAAUCUAUUUCAUGAAUUUCGUGAUAAGGAUGACAAUGGACCAUGCACACCCAAAAAUUUAAUUUGUAUAAUUCCAGAAAGUAUGAGUGCUAUAAAAAAAAGCCACAAGAAAGAAAGAUCAUCAAGGCGUAGUGCCAGUUAUUCGACACAAUUCACAGAUAACAAAAGUGUACCUCUGGACAGAUCUAAAUUUUUAGCAAAUCAACAUACGAAAUAUAUUGAUUCUUUUGAAGAUACUAAAUCAGAUAUUGAUCAAUGUACUGAUGAAAAUUCGAAUUCUAAUGAAUUAAUAUUAAACCAUUCUGAAGAUAAUAUAUCAGAAACAGGUUCACUUUUUGAUUAUACAGAGGAACAGAAAAAUAUUUUAGAAGAAUCUAAAGAAUUAUCUGAUAGCGUUGCGCACGAAAUAGAUAAAUUCGAUGUUAAAAUAAAAUUAGAGGAGAAUGUAGACCGUUUAUCGAAAAUUGAUCCUAGUAACAUUGAUGCUAACAAUUCAACUAACAAUACUAGAUCUGUAACUCCAGUGCCAGUAAAAGAAGAAUUAAACUUGCAAAAAUCUGUUACUCCUGAGAAUCAUAUAAAUAUUUUAGAAACAAUUAUUAAAGAUUCUAUAAAAAAGUCUCAUAAAAAAAUUAAAGGUGAUAAUAAAAAGAGAUUGUUCAGCCCGAAAGUUUCACAAGAGAAACUAAAAGCUACGGAGAAUAUUACAUGUUCACAAAAUUUUGUACAAUAUGAAAAUAUUGAACAGAAUAAAGUAUCUAAGAUGAAUACUCUUGAUGUGUCAAGAGAGGAGCGAUCGUGUACACCUGAAAAAGUGAAUUCCAGCAGGCUUUUAUUAUCACAAUAUAGUUCAGUUAAAAAAUCUCAUAAAAAGGACAAACAUAAUAAGAUAAUAUCUGGGUUUUUAAAACGUCAAGAAUAUUUUAAUAAAGAUAUGGAUUUAGUAACAAAUAAUGAAUAUAAAGCAUUUGAUAAUGAUACAUCUAAAUGUAAAAAUAGUAUGAAAAAUUAUUCUUCGGAUUUAGAUAUUGCUACAAACAUUGAUGAUUCUACACCUUUAGUGGCGUCUGUAAGCUUGAAUUCGUCCCUGGAAAAAUUAUCUCCAAGUAAAAGAAGGAAACCACAAGAUAUAUCGUCGGAUAGCGAGAAAAAUAUAUUGUUUGAUUCUGAAUUACAAGAAUUGGAUACAUCAAAAGAAGAAUUUAAAAUUUUUACGCCCCUUAAAAGGAAAAGAUCAUUGAUUGUAUCUAGCGCUGCUAAAGAUUGUACUCAUUUUUACGAUUCACCGAUUGAGCAUUCGAAAGAUGUUAUUCCAAAUAUUAGUUUCUCGAGAUGUUUAACACCUGUAUUAAAUCUUUCGAGUAGUUGCAAAAAGGGGGAGAAAUGUAAUACAAUAAUGAAGUCCGAUGAUAAUAUUAACAAUGAAAUUGCAGAAGAAAUAUACGAUUGCGGUUCUAAUGAUGUAACGGGUAGGUUGACUCCAAGAAAUAUGUCAACUACGGAAUUGUAUUCUAAUUUAGAUUCCAUUAAAAAAUCACAUAAAAAAAAUAAACGUGGAAGUAGUUCGUGGAAAAGUCUCAGUUUAAUUGAGGGUAACCAUUCCGUGGACGGAAAAUGUGAAACAGUAGAAAAUGUUUCAAGUGAAACGAAUGAUCUAUUAGAACUUUCGAAUAAUUGUGCUGUCAUAGAUGAUGUGAUAGACAAGUCGAUUUAUAAUAAAUCGAUAGAAAAAUUGGCAAAUCCUGUAAUUGAUAAUCAGAAUUGUGCAAGUACCAGCACCGGAAAUAUAUCGCCGUUCGUAACACCACCUAAUUGUUUAAAGACGAAAAGUUAUAUCAAGUUGUUACAGGAAACUUCUAUUAAGCGAUCACAUAAAAAAAUUCGAAAUAAAAAGAAAGAUGAAUUAAUAAUUGAUACAGACGAAUUGUCGGACGAUGGAUCAAUAUUUGGCGAUGAAGAAAAGUCAUCUUUUGCUGAAGAUAAAUCUACGCAUGAUUAAUGAUAAAUAACUUGAUAAACGAUAUUUUUGAAAAUACAUUACUGGUAAGUGCAGCUAUAAUGAUUCAUACUUACGAUCAUUACGCAACAUGAGAAUAAUGUAUGAACUUUUUAUACAAGAAGCAGUUGAAAAUUUUUUUGACUAGGAACUGUACAUUUAACUAAAUUUAAAAAAUUUAAUCAGUUAAUUCAAUCAUUACUUUUAUUGUGUAUAAUUUCAUGAUAUAAUAUGAUUUUUGUUCUUUCAUUUUUAUUAUAUAACAUUAUAAGAGCUGUAUAGCGUACAACAUCUAUGUAAUUAUUAUAGUUUAUGAGUAAUGCCUAUAUUUGUAUGUAUAUUUAUGUAUGUACACUGAAAAUGAUAUCAUCCUUAAUUUUCUUACAUGUCUAAUAGAACAGUAUACAUAUAUUUAUUAGAAGCGUUUGUCUUACAUCUUAUGCACAUAUAGUAUAAAUUACAAAAAUGUUAAAUUUAUGAUGAUAUAGAGUCACAUUACAUAUUUCAAUAUGUGAGUUAUAAUUGAAUUAUGUUGAUUCUAUGACUCUUCGUUUUUAAAAUUGCUUGCUAUUUUAGCAUAUUUUUUAUUAUUACAUGUAUUGUUCCAGAAGUUAUUGAUAAUGACAUACAUACUAUAAAAAUAAGUAAGAUUCCCUUUCUAUUUUUGUUAAUUAUUUCUCAAUAAUAUCUUAGUAUAAACUUUGUUUAUCGUCGUUAAAUAAUUUGUUCAAUUCAUUGGAUAAAUGUAACAUCACAUUUUAUUGAGACAAUGCAUGAUAUCAGUAACUAUGAAAAAAAAAAAAAUGUAUUUGACCUGUAUAUUAAAAUGUUUGUUUAUGUUAAGAAUUUACCGAUUAAAUUUCGACAGUUUUUAUAAAUUAAAUACGACAAUUUUUAUGAGUAUAUCGACAUUAGUAUCUCUUUCCUUUAUUUAACAUUAAUAUCUUUACUUUAUCUUAACUUUAUUUCUUCUCUUUUUUUAAUAUUUGACUUUUUCUUUUCUUUUUUUCUCUCUUUUUU